AUGGGAAAUUGUUAAAGUCAAUGUUAUCAAAAGAGUGCUAGUUAAGUUAACAGCGUUGAUUGUACUAAAUUAAUUAUUCAUGUAAAAACAUGGCAAAAAGAAGCAUUCUCAUUAUUUGAUUAUGAGAAUGCUGCUAAUGUUUAAGAACAAACUUUUUAGGUAAUUAAAUACAAUUAAAAUGGCAGAUUAAUUCUGAAGGAUAUUUAGUAGGUCGAAACUAGGUUGAAUGGACUGAAAAUGAAUCUAUUAUCAAAGAUUAACUUUGCAAGAUAAAGAAAAAAAAUGAAAAUUACUAUUUAGUAAAUUCCUUUGUUAUGAAUGAGGAUUAAAAAUCAGUAAUUUAAGAAAAUGAAGAAUGUCAUACUAUUGGAAAUAAGUAAUAACUAUAUAUUUAUUUUUUAGAACUGUGUCUGGAAAAAUAGGUAACAAAAUUUGGAAGGUUAUUCAUGAAAAUGGAAUUCCCUUAAAGGAAGGAGAUGUAAUCAAAUUGGGAAGAGUCAAAUUCACUAUACGAUCUAUUGUUUUAGAUGUUCAACAUGUUCAAUCCAUUUUAGAGUUUGAAUCACAAUAAUCAAAUGUCUCUGAUUAAUAAAUGUGUAGGAUCUGUUGUUCCUCUUAGUAAACUGCUAAGAAUCCUCUAUUGAAUCCUUGUAAAUGUAGUGGGUCUAUUAAAUAUAUACAUUUGGAAUGUUUAAAGACUUGGCUCAGAAUGAAAUUAGAAAAUAGAUAAAGUGAAAAUUGUACUGUUUAUUUGUGGAAGAACUUGGAAUGUGAAUUAUGCAAAUUCAAUUUUCCACCUAAAUUCAAAAGUGAUGAUGCCUAUUAUGAUCUAAUUGAAUUGAGUAAACCAAAUGAUUAUCCUUAUUUAAUGAUGGAAUUUACCAAUAAAUAAGUAUUAUUUAGACUCAAUUAUGAAGGGUUAAUAAAUUGAAUGGAAUAAUAGUUCGGGUGUUUAUAUUGUUAAAUUCUCGAACUCCAGAGACCUUCGACUUGGAAGAUCUAAUGAUACUGAUGUUAGGGUUAAUGAUAUAUCAGUAAGUAGGAAUCAUGCUCGACUUUUUGUUUCGGAUAAUUAAGUGUAUCUUUUCGAUAAUCAUUCUAAAUUUGGCACAUUAUAGUAGAUAAGAGAAGAAAAAUUAUAAAUUUAAAGAGGAAUGGAAGUAUAAAUUGGAAGAAGCCUAAUUUCAUUUUAAUGA